AUUCGCCUUCACAUUUUAUUCUGAACUUCUCAACAUACCUCUAUCCUGUUUGGAUGAAACAAUUUUACUUUGGAAGUGAAAAAAGUAUUUUUUUAAACGUAAAAUUUUUUUAGUGAAACGAUUAAUUGAUUUUUUCGACAAACACACAUCUAUAAUGGCUGAUGAAUUUUUUUACGGAAUUUCUUUUGUUGGCGUAACACUUUCCCAAGCGGGUGCAUCAGUGACCUGGGAUCCAGAAAACAAAGACGAAUACCCCAACAACUUCAAAUUAAUCAUCAAACAGAUUCUACUUGGCCAUGAUGCCAAGGAAAAUGAAUUUAACGUUGUAGAGGUCGAAGCAAUGUCAUUACGAGAUCCAAUCAAAAUUCCAAUUGCUGUGCUUAAAGUGGGCGAAACGCGUUCGAUUCGAACGGACUUGGAGUUUCCGGAAGCUCCAGUUACAUUUAAGCUAAUUGAAGGUAAUGGCCCGGUGCACAUUCACGGUCAACACUUACCGGGUGCAGUAGUCGAAGAGAUCGAAGAUUACGGUGAAGAAAUGGAAGAUGAAAUUUUGUACGAAGAAGAUGCCGAUGAAGAAGACGAUGACGAGGCAAAUCCGAAAAAGAAAAUCAAAUUGUCGAAUAAUGCAAAGGGCGGUGGCGGUAAAGCUGUUGCAAAUGCCAAAAAUUCCAAAAAGAAAUAAACAGAUCGACAAAACAAUUUUGAUAUGAUUUCGGUUAUGAGAGCGGGUAAUGCAAGCAUAAUAAAGUUGUCAGAAUUUUUCUUUUCAUUCGAAGACCGAACUUAAAAAUAUUUUCCUCAAACCCACACAUUGCUAACUAUUAUAUAAUUUACAUAUUUUAUAUACUGCAUUGGUCUCAGUAAUACAAAAACGUUCUUAAGUAGCUAAAA